CGUCGUGCAAGAGAUUGAGUUGCAAUAUUUAAAAAUGUACACCGCAGUGGUUUAUCUUAAGUUGUUUCGCUACACAAUGUUUAACAUAUCUCUGUAAACAUCGUGCUUAGUCAAGCAAGUCAAUAAGACGAGGGAAAUAUCCACACUUAACAUUACACCUGUUAAUAAUACAUAGCGUGUGAAUGUUUAGCCGUAUGUAUCCAGUUACUGAAUAAUCUUUAACUUGUGGUGUGAUUACUGAAGCACUGAACAGUAAACAUUCGAUCGCAUGUAUAUAUAAAGUGUUUGAAAACAUAAGAAUAUGCAUAGAUUAAGUUGAACAACCUUAUUACAACAUUACAAAGGUGACAUUUCGCACGAUGGAUAAGUUGAAAAGUCUUUUUGAAAUAUCGUCGUUUGAGAAGAAAAAGGACGUUCAAAUAUCUAAGUCAGCUGAUUCGAAUUUGGCUGGUUGUCCAGAGGAAUAUGCCGAGCUUCCUGUUUGUGCGCUGGAGAUGAAGACGCAACUAAAGCUGGCAGAGUAUUUAGAUAAAAAAGGCAAACUGUUGAAGGUUGAAAUCGACAAUAUUCCCUUGGACGUUUUGAAUGACAUCACUGGUCUUGCAAAAUUGUCAGGUCAAGAAGACUGUCUUGAUAAUGAUACCGUUGAAUCUGAGAAUCAAGUGAAAAGUCCGACUAUGAUGUGGCUUGAUCGAUGGAAUUACCACGGCUUCACAAUUGGUAGAUUAUGGGAAUACCUGCUCACUCUGCAACGUUAUGACGUCAUUCAUGAUUGCAGAAGAAACAUAAUGAGUGAUUGCAAGACAUUUUUAAACAAAACGAAGAAUUCUACCAUGACUUGGAAGAAAUUUAGGAUGGAUGAUGGAGUAUGUGAUCCUUCUGGUUUGCCUUUUGAUAUAUGUAAGUGA